UUGUGUAGUAGAGUUAUCCCCCUUCAUCAAACUCUCUAUCACGAAGUAAACAAAUCCAAACAGGCAACUAUGCAACCCCAAAUCAUUUUGCUGAAGGAGGGGACGGAUUCCUCCCAGGGUGUCCCCCAGGUAGUGAGUAAUAUCAGUGCCUGUCUGGCAAUCGCAGAUGCUGUCCGAACCACCCUCGGCCCCAGGGGCAUGGACAAACUUAUUGUCGACGAUAAAGGAAAAGCUGUGAUUUCCAAUGAUGGUGCGACGAUCUUAAAAACUCUGGACGUUGUUCAUCCAGCUGCAAAAACUUUGGUUGACAUUGCCAAGUCGCAAGAUGCUGAAGUCGGAGAUGGCACAACCUCUGUAGUUCUAUUGGCGGGCGAGUUUCUGAAGCAAGCAAAACCCUAUGUGGAGGAAAAUGUUCACCCACAAGUCCUGGUACGAGCCUACAGGAAGGCUGCAUCACUGUCAGUACAGAGAAUUAAAGAAAUAUCAAUAAAGAUUAAGAAAGACGACCCCAAUGAACUGAAAAGCUUGUUGGAGAAAUGUGCAGCUACAACACUCAAUUCCAAACUAGUGGCUCAUCAGAAAGAAUUCUUCGCCAAGAUGGUUGUUGAAGCCGUUAGUCUGUUGGACGACCUGUUACCACUGAACAUGAUCGGUGUGAAGAAAGUCACAGGAGGUGGAUUAGAGGAUUCUAGAUUAAUUGCUGGAGUAGCAUUCAAAAAGACCUUCAGUUACGCUGGAUUUGAAAUGCAGCCGAAGACCUAUGUGAAACCUAAGAUUGCCUUACUGAAUGUGGAACUAGAACUGAAGGCAGAAAAAGAAAAUGCAGAAGUACGGGUUGACAGUGUGGAGGAAUACCAGUCUAUAGUUGAUGCAGAAUGGAAAAUCCUGUAUGAUAAAUUAGACACAAUUCACGGAAGUGGAGCUAAAGUGGUUUUGUCCAAGCUGCCCAUAGGGGAUGUAGCCACCCAGUACUUCGCUGACAGAGACAUGUUUUGUGCUGGCCGUGUAGCAGAUGAAGAUUUGAGGAGGACAAUGAAGGCGUGUGGAGGAUCCAUUCAAACCUCCAUUCAGAGUCUUGAUGACGGUGUCCUUGGCCGCUGUGAAAAGUUUGAGGAGAUCCAAAUUGGAGGAGAAAGGUACAAUAUUUUCACGGGAUGUCCCGAAGCCAAGACCUGCACAUUGAUCCUGAGAGGUGGCGCAGAACAGUUCAUUGAGGAAACGGAGCGAUCUCUUCACGAUGCCAUUAUGAUUGUGAGAAGGGCCAUGAAGAAUGACGCUGUUGUAGCUGGUGGUGGUGCUGUUGAGAUGGAGUUGAGCAAAUACCUGCGGGACUACUCCCGAACCAUCGCUGGCAAAGAGCAGCUGCUGAUAGCGGCUAUAGCCAAGGCAUUGGAGGUUAUCCCACGUCAGCUGUGUGAGAAUGCCGGAUUUGAUGCUACAAACAUUCUCAACAAACUCCGACAGAAACAUGCCAGUGGCUCCAUGUGGUACGGUGUGGAUGUGAUGAGUGAAGAUAUAGCCGACAACUUGGUCGGAUGUAUCUGGGAACCAGCUGUCGUCAAGAUCAACGCCCUAACGGCCGCAGCAGAGGCUGCCUGUCUCAUCUUGUCAGUGGACGAGACAAUACGAAAUCCAAAGGCUGGAGAGGGCGGAGCUCCAGGUGGCGGGAUGGGAAGGGGGCGUGGCAGGCCUAUGUAGGUCAGCUAGUUAGGGCAUUAAAUAAUUGAACAAAUGAUUUUUUAUAGGUAUUGCAUCAUGUUGAGCACUGUUCAGCUCAGGCCACCAAGUCAUAGGUAAAGCUGAAAUGUUUAUGGAUUAGUCACAGGACAAGCUGAAAUGCCAUUUAGUUCUAUUUGAUGUCAUCAGUUGUCUCCAAAGCAAACGAAAACAUUGUUCAAGUAAGUUGAAUUCUUUCUCUGUAUUCCACGAAGCAGCUUUUCUGAUGAAUGGAAGAGAAUGAUUUAUGACCAAAACAGACUUGAAAGCUUGAUGAAAGGCAGUGAAUAUAUUUCCAAUAUGUUCUGUUAAACAGAUUUAAGAUUUGUUGAUCUCUUUUAAUGAACAAAACAAAAAACAGUUUAGUGCUUUAUAAGUGAUCAAUGUGAUAAAUAUUUAUUUCCUUCGCGAGUUAAAUGUGUUCAUGUUCACAUUUGAACCAUUUGUAUAGUAAGUGUGCGAGAGAGUCGAGAUAUCUGUUCGUGUGUGUGUGUGACCCCACAAUCCUAUGCUUCUUUUGCAGAAGUAUUUAUAUAUCAACCAUAAGUAUUUCUAAAAAAAUAUUCAUGACAAAAUGAUCUGAAUAAAAAACAUUUAAUUCUGUUUGAUUUCAUCUUUUUAUUUAUAGCAUAAUUUCUUUUUCAAAGAGCAACCAUUUUACUUCGGUUUCAACGGAUAACGCUCCUGCUCACCUGAUUAUAGGAAUGUACAUUACCUUGGUAUAGUGAAACAUGUAUCUUUCAAACUCUUCCUAAAACAAAGUAACAUUUUAUGACCCGUGACAUAGUUUAAAAUUACACUAUUAAUAUAUAUGACACUAGUCUAUAAGGCAAACAACCAGGUAGUUACAUCUGUCCCCACAGAUUUGUUAUCAAUAUAUUAACCUACAGUAAAAUGCUAUUCUAGCUGUUGACAGAAUUAUACACGAUACUCGGAUUUUAUCAUUCCAAGACAUCACGACCUGAUUUUUGUGACUUGCCCAAUUAUUAAUGAAGACAUUUGAGCUGCAUAUAUCAUUGAAGGGUUUUGCCUGUUUAUCUUUGCUCUUGCUAUUGUUGACAAUUUACACCAGUAAUUUUCGUGAUUGUUAUUAAAAAAUAAUUGUUUACAAGGACUUGAAAUUG